GAUUUGCUUUCUCUUGUUUCACGAGCCCCACACUUUCACACUGACCGAAGUGGAUACGCACCAGCUGGCCACGUCCGUCACCGCUGCCGGGUGGGAGAAUUCCUGAUUAUACUUAGAUCCCGCAGACCCCGCUCUGUCAUUAGCAGAGAAGCUCUGCUUGCGCACCGCCAUCCGAAAUGCAGCCAGCCGGGAGCUCUGCACGCCGUGCCUGAAGGAGCUGGCUGCCUUCUGGAUCAAACAUGAAUGACCUAUUGAAGGUGCCCCUUGUGCACGUCCUCACUCUGGCAGCCCUCAGCUUUGCCGAGACCCUCCUGAAAGCUCCCUUGAUCAGCACUCCUCUGGAAACUGUGGAUGCACUGGUAGAGGAUGUCGCCAAGUUUGUCUGUGUAGUGGAGUCAUACCCUGAGCCGGAGAUUACAUGGACACGCAACAGCAUUCCCAUCAGGCUUUUCGACACUCGCUACAGCAUACAGAGGAACGGGCAGCUCCUGACCAUUUUGAGCGUGGAGGACAGCGAUGACGGGGUGUACUGCUGCACAGCAGAUAACGGGGUUGGAGCGGCUGCACAGAGCUGUGGGGCUCUCCAAGUGAAAAUGCGACCCAAAAUAACCCGACCACCUAUAAAUGUUGAAAUAAUAGAAGGGUUAAAGGCUGUUCUUCCAUGCACUACGAUGGGGAAUCCAAAACCUUCUGUUUCGUGGAUCAAAGGAGAAACAGUUGUAAAGGAAAAUGCUCGCAUUGCUGUCCUUGAUUCAGGGAAUUUAAGGAUCCACAAUGUUCAGAGAGAAGAUGCAGGACAAUAUCGAUGUGUAGCCAAGAACAGCCUGGGCACAGCCUAUUCGAAACCUGUGACAGUGGUAGUGGAAGUUUUUGCCAGAAUCCUGAAGGCUCCUGAAUCCCAGAAUAUCACCUUUGGAUCUGUGGUCACAUUGCAGUGCGCGGCGACCGGCCUUCCAGUCCCGACUGUCACCUGGCUGGAAAAUGGCAAAGCUGUGUCUGCCGGGUCUAUAGCAGAAAGUGUCAAGGACAGAGUGGUUGACUCCAGACUGCGGGUUUAUGUCACCCGACCUGGCCUGUUCACUUGCCUCGCCACGAACAAACACAGCAAAACUUUUGGAGCCGCAAAAGCUGCGGCAACCAUUAGUGUUUCAGGUAUGAGCAAGCUGUACAAGGGUGAUGCAGGCUACUGCAGCACGUACAGAGGUGAGGUGUGUAGUGCUAUCUUGGCGAAGAAUGCUCUUGUUUUCUUCAACUCCUCCUAUGCUGACCCAGAGGAGACCCAAGAGCUGCUUGUGCACACUGCCUGGACUGAACUGAAAAUGGUGAGUUCAUUCUGCCAACCGGCCGCUGAGUCUCUGCUGUGUAACUACAUCUUCCAGGAGUGCAAUCCCUCUGGAGCUGGGCCAGCUCCAAAACCAGUGUGCAGAGAGAAUUGCCUUGCUGUAAAGGAUCUCUACUGCUUUAAGGAAUGGCUCUCAAUGGAGGAAAACUCCCAGAAGGGGAUUUACAAGCCAGGGCUGAUGCUGCUUACUCUUCCCGAAUGCAACAGGCUCCCCAGCCUGCACCAGGACCCCAGCGCCUGCACUCACAUCCCUUUCUUUGAUUUUAAGAAGGAGAAUGUAACUAGGACUUGCUACAGUGGCAAUGGCCAGUUUUACCAGGGCUGGGCCAACGUCACGGCCUCUGGAAUUCCCUGCCAGAAGUGGAGUGACCAGGCUCCCCACUUGCAUAGAAGGACUCCUCAGGUUUUCCCUGAGCUGUCUGAUGCUGAGAAUUACUGCCGCAAUCCAGGAGGUGAGAAUGAACGCCCCUGGUGCUACACGAAAGACCCAUCUGUGACCUGGGAAUACUGCAGCGUGUCUCCCUGUGGUGAUGCAUUUUUAUCACUAGGAACAAGAAAACCAAAUGGAGAGACUCCAAAUCUACCCCCUUCUCCUCCCUUUUCCCCUACGUACUCCAUGACUGUUAUCAUCUCGAUCAUCUCCAGCUUUGCCCUGGUUGUGAUCCUUGGCAUUGUCACCCUGGUUUGCUGCCGCCGGCGAAAGCAAUGGAAAACCAAAAAAAGAGAGUCAGAGACACCAACGCUCACAACUCUGCCUUCCGAACUCCUCCUGGACCGGCUUCACCCCAACCCGAUGUACCAGCGGAUGCCCCUUCUCCUCAAUCCAAAAUUGCUCAGCCUGGAGUAUCCCAGGAACAAUAUUGAAUAUGUGAGAGACAUUGGGGAAGGAGCAUUUGGGAGAGUCUUCCAAGCAAGGGCCCCAGGACUGCUGCCAUAUGAGCCUUUCACAAUGGUGGCAGUGAAAAUGCUGAAGGAGGAAGCAUCUGCAGACAUGCAGGCUGACUUUCAGAGGGAGGCAGCCCUCAUGGCAGAGUUUGACAAUCCGAAUAUUGUCAAACUUUUAGGUGUGUGUGCUGUUGGGAAACCGAUGUGCCUGCUCUUUGAGUACAUGGCCUACGGGGAUCUCAAUGAGUACCUGCGUGACCGCUCGCCCCGCAACCUUUGCAGCCUGGUGCACAGUAGCCUGGAUGCACGAAUCUGCCUCCCCAACCCCCUGGCUCUGUGCUGCACCAGCCAGCUCUGCAUUGCCAAGCAGGUGGCUGCUGGCAUGGCAUACCUCUCUGAGCGCAAGUUUGUCCACCGGGAUUUGGCUACUAGGAACUGCCUGGUGGGGGAGAACAUGGUGGUCAAAAUCGCUGAUUUUGGUCUCUCAAGGAACAUGUAUUCAGCUGACUAUUACAAAGCAAAUGAGAAUGACGCCAUCCCCAUCCGCUGGAUGCCCCCUGAGUCCAUUUUCUACAACCGCUAUACCACAGAGUCUGAUGUGUGGGCCUACGGGGUGGUGCUGUGGGAGAUCUUCUCCUAUGGCAUGCAGCCCUACUAUGGGAUGGCCCAUGAGGAAGUAAUCUACUAUGUGCGGGAUGGGAACAUCCUGUCCUGCCCAGACAAUUGUCCUCUGGAGCUCUACAACCUGAUGCGCCUCUGCUGGAGCAAGCUGCCUGCCGACCGGCCAGGCUUUGCCAGCAUCCACCGCAUCUUGGAGCGCAUGUACGAGAGGGCCAUGGCCACCCCAUCAGUGUGAGGGGUGUGCCUGGGGGUCCCCCAUAUCCACCUGUCCAGACUGACUUGGACCAGCCCAUGGGCUCCUGAGCGAUGCCUCCACGCAAAUCCCUGCUUUAGGGGGAAGAGAAACAGCUUGUUGCUCUGCCAAGCAAGAAGUGUGGACUGCAGCCCCUUACGGUAGGCUAUACCUCCCUGAGUGGGACUAUACCUCCCAGAUGACAGGACUAACGCCUGGCCACCAAGCCUGGACCCCUUGGGCUGGCGAGGGUGCUGAUCUUGCUAACUCAGUACCUAUAUUAAGCAUUUCCAGGAGCACAGAGUUCCCCAGGGAAGGAAAACCAACCUUUCACUGGUGGCACUUCACUUCCUAAAAAGUCCCUCCAUGUCCUUCUGCAUUUAUUCUCUUGCCUUCUACAUUUUUCUUCCCUUCCUCAUAUAUUUUCAAGUAUUAUUUAAAAAAAAAAAGAUUGCAGAGUUCAAUCUUUUGGGGGAUACUCUUCACUAUUUUAUUUUCUCAUACUCACUUAUUUUUGUAGACAAAGGAUGAUUCUGAAGCCAUAGGCCACUUUCUUUUUUCUUUUAACUUCCACCUUCUCUUUGACACUCAUGAACAUAACAUUGACAGAGCAAAACAGGAGCCUGCAGGACCGCUGGCAGCCACCCAUAUCUCGUGUUACACAAUGAGUAAACUCUGUCAAGCACAGAGCCUUACGUUUUCAAAAGUGGGAAGUCCACAGUUGAUCUGAUAUUUGUUAAGCUCUCACCCAAAAACUUGCCUCAAGCAUUGAAGCCCAUCUUUCCAGGCCUCCCCUGCAACAAAGCCAUUUGGUGGUAAGAGAGAAAUUCAGCCCAAAGGCUUGAUCCUGCACCUGGUAGUUCUCCAAGGUGUAUUUUUUUGUCUCUGCCUGUAGUACAUUCCUCACUGCACCAAGAGCAGGGAGAAACACAGUCACUCUUGCAGAAAUGUGGCAGGUUGUGCUACUUAUUUCUUUUAUUUUCCCUUCCUAUCUUUGCCUCCUGUUUCUGGUUUUCCUUUCCUGACAGCAACUCCUAGCCUGUAAGCCCCAGUGCAAUGCUUGCUGGCCACCUUCCCUUAUGCUGCAGUUUACAGGCACAGGAGUAAAAGGUGGAUGCCUGCCAUCAGUGGCCUUCAGAGACAACCUGAGAGUUAGGAGAAGAUGAUAAAAAGGGGGAGUUCACACAAAGUGUUGCAGACUGUCCAUCUGCAGGGCAAAGAUGAGAGUUCCUCAGUUACAUGUGGUCCACAGCCCACUUCCAAACACCAGAUGUCGUUUCUCUGCUAAAAUUGUAAUGGAGACUUCAGUGCCAGAGAAACUGUGUUCCUCUGAGGACAGGUUUUACCUUUUAGUUCCUUGGGCGGUGAGAGGCAGUUGCCUCAGAGCCUCAUCACUGAUAUGAAAUACAGCUGUAGGCAGGGAUGCGCAUUACCCCUGCAGGGCAGGAGCUCCAGUGAGCAAGCAAUUGGUGUGGCUUCCGUAACUGGGACACACUGGUUGAGUCUAUCCAAGAAACAGCAGUGGAGAGCAGCCAUCCAUAGGGCUACCAGGAGCAGCCUUGGUUUCUGAAAAGUAAGUUUGAAAAGCUCAGCCAACCACUAUGAAGUAGAAAACUGGAAAGCACGUAUCUUCCUCUGCUGUCUUCCUGUAGUGUGAGCUCACCUCUGCUACAUCAUAACCUGAUCUUCUUCUUUUUUCAAUCUUUUUAAAAUAACUAUAGUUCAUUCUGGUUGUGGCCACAAAAGCAUAGUUUAGUGUUAUCAGAUCAAUGCUGUCAACUUCACUUGAAACAAAGAGCUCGCAAUUACCCAAGACAUAUGAAGAAAGAGAAGGCUCUGCUUGGGCUGUGAACUAUUGAAAUGCUACAAAUGCUUGGACAUCUGUACAGUAAGCUCAAAAUGACCAGUGCUGUCUUACUCAUUUAGCAGUUCUGCCAUCAUGCUACUAUGAUGCAACAGUUUACUGAGGUCUGAAUCCUAAAAAAAAAUCCCUCUAGAACCCUAAAGACCUCAAUUUAAAUAAGAUAAUCACCAGAGGUCCUUAUGUACCACUUUAUGACCACCUCACAGCCUCUGCAUUAAGUUCUGUUAGAUUUUGUCAGGUACCUGGCUGUCCUCCCUGCUCUGGGGUAGCAGGGGUGAGGAGGUGAGUCUGGGAGGGAUGGGGGCUGAGCUGCACCCCCCACUGUGCAGAGGUGCCUGCAGCCUCUGCUGAGCUGAGCCCCAGUGCUGCUCCAUCUCUGUAAUGGAGGAUGCAAAUCCGAGAGCUUUGUAGUGCUUACAACAGCAGGGGUUUUGUCACUCUUUUUAGAGAGGGCUGGGUCAGACCUUGUAUGUGUGUAGCAGUGAGGGGCCAGGUACUCAGCACCUCCUCCUAAUCUGGAAAGCAUCUUACAUGAAGCAAAGGGUGCAAGAACAGUUUGUAAAACCGGCACCAUUUACAGUCCAAAGGACAGUCUGCCUUUCUGCAUCUAGGAUCCCAGCGCUGGCUUCCUUUGCUCACUCUGCAUUUACCAAAGCUAGUCUAUCAUGGUUUUCUUCUUGUUUGCAUGUGGGAUGAAGUUAGAUGCCUGUAAUGCCAUGGGCUAUGAAGUUUCCCGCACUUUCCUUGUGAAAGAAGGACUCCCACAAACUCGGAAGAGUAGCCCUUUUCAUUGCAUUUUCCUAGCCCAAAUCCUUCUCUCAGUGACCCCAUGUUCAGAUCAAGGUGGGCUUGCAGU